UAUAUCGGAGCGAACAUGCUUGGUUUAGUUAGUCCGCCUCAUGAUAGCGUCGCGAACGCAUGUAUGCUUUUACUCACAGUUUUAUUGUUUGUAAACAAAUUUGUAACAUUUUUUUGAAAUAAUGAAUGUGAUAUCACUGACUGUGUGGACGUUAGAGAAUAAUUGUUUCGCUGUGUACACUGCACUAAUUGUUGGUUUCACUGUGUUUACUUUUCUUCAUAAAAGAACUAUUGAGGAGCGUUACAGAAAUCGGAUUACAGAUAAAAAAGAAAAGUUGCCGCGGAACGGCAGCGGUGGAAAAGAACGCGAUUUCCCUGAUGACGAAGGCGAUGAGCCUUACCUCGUGCCGGCCAUCCCAGAGGACACUCCACACGUUCCUUACAAGCCCCUCAAGAGGGCUGAUGAUGAGGUCCUGCAGAGGUCCAGGGACUACUACCAGCUGAUGGCCAACAGGAGGACUGUCAGAUUCUUCAGCCCAGAACCUAUACCGGAGGGAGUUUUGGAGAACCUCGUCAAAACUGCAGGUACUUCUCCAUCAGGAGCCCACACAGAGCCGUGGACUUACGUGGUGGUGCAGAAUCCAGAGAUGAAGGAGGCCAUCAGGAACAUUGUCGAAGAGGAAGAGGAGUUAAACUACGCCAAGCGGAUGUCCAGGCAAUGCCAGGAUUUCAAUGCAUGUUGGUGGCUGCUAACAAUUGUCUGUGUAUCGCAUGCAGAUGGACAAUGGGUGACGGACUUGAAGCCGUUCGCGACGAAACCGACAAAACCUUACCUGUCGGAGGCACCAGCUCUACUGCUGGUCUUCCGCCAGGCGUACUCCUGGAGACCAGACGGGAGGAAGCGGAUGCAUUAUUACAGCGAAAUUAGUGUCGCUAUUGCUGCUGGAAUCCUGCUAGCUGCUAUUCAGUAUUGCGGCUUAGUGGCUCUCACAUCGACCCCGCUGAACUGCAAUGCGCGACUCCGGGACUUGCUCUCUAGACCCUCGAACGAAAGACUGGAGCUCCUGCUGCCAGUCGGAAGACCGCACAAGGAAGCCACGGUCCCCGACAUCAGCAGAAAGAGCUUGGAGGAGAUCAUGAUCAAAGUGUAACUUUGAUCGGACUAAAGCCAGAAACAUAUUAACGUGUCGUGGCGUGACGUGGCGCAUCGGUUUCAUACAUUUAUCAUGGGUUAGAGAGAGAGGUUAGAGCGUCGACACGACACGACACG